AUGUUGCAGAGAGCAGCAAGCAAUGCAUAUUCAUGGUGGUGGGCUAGUCACAUCAGAACAAAACAAUCAAAAUGGAUGGAACAAAACCUUCAAGAUAUGGAGGAAAAGGUGAAGAAUGCUAUGAAACUCAUAGAGGAAGAUGGAGACUCGUUUGCGAAGAGAGCAGAAAUGUAUUACAAAAAGAGACCGGAGCUGAUAAGUUUUGUUGAAGAAACAUACAAGGCUUACCGAGCUUUAGCAGAACGAUAUGAUCACAUAUCGACAGAGUUGCAGAAUGCUAAUAAUACCAUUGCUUCUGCUUUUCCGGAUCGAGUUCCGUUUAUGGAUGAAGAUGAUGACGUUGGAUCGCCGAGGACUCCGAAAAAAACGCCGCUGGAAGGGUACAAAACAAAUGUUCCUAAGCCUCCUCUUAGAGAUUUGAAAAGCGUGAUAACAGCAGCGACGGCGGCCACGAAGAAACUUAAUUCGAAAAAGACUACGAUGCCGUGGGUUGCUUCUAAGGUUCCGAAAUCUGGAUUAAGCAGAAAGGAGGCGCUUGAAGAGGUUGAUAAGCUGCAGAAACAGAUUUUAUCUCUGCAAACUGUGAAGGAGUUUGUGAAAAGCUCGUACGAUAAUGCCAUCGCUAGGUACUGGGAAACGGAAGAGAAGAUCAAGGAGUUACAAGAGAAAGUUUCUGUUCUGCAAGAUGAACUCGGAGAAGGUAUUGUUAUUGAAGACGAUGAAGCGCGCCGGUUGAUGGCUGAAGCUGCUCUUAAGUCAUGCCAAGAGACAUUAGAACAGUUGGAAGUGAAACAGGAAAGAUCAGUUGAUGAAACCAAAGUUGAAUCCGAAAGAAUAAAGGAGGUUAAGGCGAAAUUAGCCUCUCUCAUGAAUGAGUUUGAGUAUGAUAAGAGCGAAUCGAAAGAGCCGAGGGUCAUAAGAGAUGUAAGAAGCGUAGGCGAAGGAAAGGACUUGGAAAACGAAGAGGGUAAAUUGACGCAACAGAGACAUGACUUGCAGUUAUUACAGGAAACUGUUAAGGAGCACUUUGAGGCUAGCUCCCAUUCGUCUCUGGCUGCGACAGAAAUGGCGGAGAAGAUUGAUGAGCUUGUGAACAAAGUGAUUAGAUUGGAAACUUCAGUUUCAUCACAGACUGCUCUAGUGAAUAGAUUGAGAACAGAAACUGAUGAACUUCAAGGGCUUGUUCGAACUCUGGAGGACGAUAAGGAAAGUCUGAUCAAAGAUAAAAAUAAACUGAACGAUCAACUCAGAGAAAUGGAACAGAAGAUGCUUGCAGUUGAAGUUCUAAACCAAACUGUUGAAGAUCAGAAUAGCAAUCUCCAGACUCAUUUCACCGAUGCACAUUCUAGUAUCGAUUGCCUCUCGGUAGAAGUCCAAAGUCUGCAGCCAAGUGAGGAGGUUAAGGUAGCAGAUUCACCAAUGGUACAAGAGAAUUCAUCAGACCAAAAUGAAUCAAAACAUGAACCUGAAGGGAAAGUUCUAUUGACUGAACAAGACAAUGUCUUACCGAAUGAUGUAAAGAAGUCGGAAAAGGAGCAUACCAAUUUGUUAGAAGAUGCAGUAAAUUCAGAUGAGGAGCUUAAGAUUGCCGAUAAUGUAACAGAAAAGGUAACUGGUUCACCACAGAAUGGUGUAGACGCCGAAAAUAAUCUGAAGGUCCCUAAUACCUUAGAAACAGAAGGGGCGGCCUCAGUGGAAAACAAACCUCCAAAUGAGUUAAAAGAACAAGAGAAGACUCUUAAUCCUGGAGAUAGUAAUGGAAAAGAAACAGUAGACAUGAGUACGAUUACAACUACUGAAAAUCGUUCUUCGGAGAGUUCUGAGAAACUGCAAGAAAAUGAUGCUCAAAAAGGCUCAACUGAGACGGAGAAUACUCUUGGAGUUGAUCAGAAAGAGCAUGGAAAAGAUACAGUAGCUAUGAGUACAGCUGCAACAGCUGAAAAUCAUUCUUCAGAGAGUUUUGAUAAACUGCAAGAAAAUAAUGCUGAGCAAGGUUCAACUGAGACAACGAAAACUCUUGGAGAUUACCAAAAAGACGAUGAAAAAGAAACGGUGGCUAUGAGUACAAUUGCAACUACUGAAAAUCAUUCUUCAAAGAGUUUUGAGAAACUGCAAGAAAAUGAUGCUGAGCAGCAAGGUUCAACAAAAACAAGGAAUACACUUGGAGUUGAUCAUAAAGAGGAAGCAACAGCACCAGAUGAUGAACCUAAUUGGAGACAAAUGUUUUUGAAUGGAAUGCAAGAUAGAGAAAAAACUCUUCUAACUGAGUACACUAAUACUCUUCGGAGUUACAAAGAUGUGAAGAAGAAGCUCACCGAAAUAGAGAACAAAAAUCAAGACAAGCACUUGGAUAAUUGUUUGAAAUCUCAGUUGCAUGAACUGAAGACAUCUAAUUCCUUGAAAGAUCAAGAAAUAAGAAUUUUACAUCAGAAACUCGGUCUUUUGCAGAUAACCUUGGAGGGAAAUGAUGACAUGACUGAGUCAACUUCAAUUCUACAACAAGAAGAACACGACAUUGAGAAACUUCUAACAAUUGAUUUACCUGAAUCUACAUCAGUUAUUGAAGAGAAGUUCCGGUCCAAUAUCGAUGAAGUUCUAGAGGAGAACUUAACUUUCUGGUUAAAAUUUAGUACAACUUAUGCUGAGAUACAAAGGUUUGAAACCACUAUCAAAGAUUUGCAAACCGAGGUAUCAAAACUUGAGAAAAAAGGAAAGUCUUCAGAAGGUAGCAACAGCUUAAAGCAUAGUCUAAAAUCUGAUGCACGGCCGAUUUACAAACACCUGACAGUGAUUCAAACUGAUAUAACAGUCUGGAUGGAGAAAAGCGCAUUGCUAAAAGAAGAACUACAAUGUAGGUUCUCGUCUUUGUGCGACAUUCAAGAAGAGAUUACAAAUGCAUUGAAAGCCAGUGCUGAAGACGAGGAUUUCAGGUUCACGAGCUAUCAAGCAGCCAAGUUCCAAGGUGAGGUUUUGAAUAUGAAACAGGAAAACCAUAAGGUUGCUGAUGAACUUCAAGCAGGUCUAGAUAUUGUAACAUCACUUCAACUUGAAGUUGAAAAGGCGCUUGUAAAGUUGAAUGAUCGAUUUGAGUUAUCAGCUUCAAAGAGAGAAGAAAGUGGACAACUAAGUCAGUCAGAAAGUCGGGCUAGGGUUCCUCUCAGAUCAUUUAUCUUUGGCGUGAAACCAAAGAAACAAUCCAUUUUCUCUUGCAUGGCCCCUGGAAUGAAUAAGAAGCUCAGGUCUGCCAGGGAUUAG